CAGAAAAGGCGAAGGAUGCGAGGGGACAUGACUUGCAGAGCAUUGCACGGCAGGACAGUGGCAGAGCCGGGAUUAACAUCCAGGACUCCUGAGUCCCCGCUGGGUACCCUACCCAGUACACCACUCUGCCUCACCGCUGGCCAGUUGUGGGACGAUGAGGAUGAGUUCCAUCCGUUCAUCGAGGCGCUGCUCCCCCACGUCCGGGCCUUUGCCUACACCUGGUUCAACCUGCAGGCCCGCAAGCGCAAGUACUUCAAGAAGCACGAGAAGAGGAUGACCAAGGAUGAGGAGAGGGCGGUGAAGGACGAGCUGCUGAACGAGAAGCCCGAGGUCAAGCAGAAGUGGGCGUCCCGGCUGCUGGCCAAGCUACGCAAGGACAUCCGGCCCGAGUUCCGGGAGGACUUUGUGCUCUCCAUCACGGGCAAGAAGCCCUCCUGCUGCGUCCUCUCCAACCCCGACCAGAAGGGCAAGAUGCGGCGCAUCGACUGCCUGCGCCAGGCCGACAAGGUAUGGCGCUUGGACCUGGUCAUGGUGAUCCUCUUCAAGGGUAUCCCGCUGGAGAGCACGGAUGGGGAGCGGCUGGUCAAGGCAGCCCAGUGCACCAACCCCAUCCUGUGCGUCCAGCCCCACCACAUCAGCGUCUCCGUCAAGGAGCUCGACCUGUACCUGGCCUACUUCGUCCGCGAGAGAGAUUCAGAGCAAAGCAGCAGUCCGAGGACAGGGAUCGGCUCGGACCAGGAGGACAGCAAACCGAUCACAUUGGAUACAACAGACUUCCAGGAGAGCUUUGUCACGUCAGGGGUAUUCAGCGUCACGGAGCUCAUCCAGGUCUCCCGAACACCAGUGGUGACAGGCACGGGGCCAAAUUUCUCUCUGGGUGAGUUGCAGGGUCAUCUGGCCUAUGAUCUGAACCCCUCGAGCACUGGCAUGAGAAGGACGCUCCCAAGCACCUCCUCCAGCGGGAGUAAACGACACAAGUCUGGCUCCAUGGAGGACGACAUAGACACAAGUCCGGGGGGCGAAUACUACACCUCGCCCAGCUCGCCCACGAGCAGCAGCCGCAAUUGGACAGAAGACAUGGAAGGGGGCAUCUCCCCCGUGAAAAAGACGGAGAUCGACAAAUCGCCCUUCAACAGCCCAUCGCCCCAGGACUCCUCUCCAAGGCUGAGCUUCACGCAGCAUCACCGUCCGGUCAUUGCCGUGCACAGCGGUAUCGCUCGAAGCCCACACCCUUCAUCUACUCUGCAUUUCCCCACCACCUCGAUCCUCCCCCAGGCGGCCUCCACCUACUUCCCCCACACGGCCAUACGGUACCCGCCUCAUCUCAAUCCGCAGGACCCUCUGAAAGAUCUCGUCUCACUGGCCUGCGACCCGUCCAAUCAGCAGCCUGGACCGUUAAAUGGCAGUGGUCAAGUGAAAGUGCCCAGUCACUACAUUUCCACCCAGAUGCUGGCGCCACCACCUCCCCCUGGCAUCCCCCGGUUGGCUCUCUCUCCUGACACCAAAUCCACCACGACAACUUCCGAGGGCGGGACAACCUCACCGACAUCACCCACCUACUCUGCACCCGGCACGCCCCCUGCGAAUCGCUCCUUCGUGGGAUUAGGACCAAGGGAUCCGGGGAGUAUGUACCAGGCACAGUCCUGGUACCUGGGAUAAUCACAGCUGCCCCAUCCCGUCGCCUCCCUUCUCCUCUGCUUUGGGCGUCCCGAGAGGAAAAGAAGUAACAGCCCCAGGCCCAGCCUUUCGGUGAAGAUGGAGAGAGCGAAUUACCGACGAUGACGACGACGAAAAGAAAAAGAGACCCACACCCAAGACGUUACAAGGAAGGAAGGAAGGAAAAGGUUCAAACUUUUUUAAAAAGUAAAAACAAGCAAAAACCCUACAGACAAAACAGCGAUCCACGCACACGACGAUGCGGAGUCCCGUUUGCCAGAAACACUAUUUGCCCUGCCGGCUGACCUCCUGGGAAGAGAACGGACACAGCUCAUGACACAGGUCUCUUCCAGCAGCAGCAGCGCCAGAGUCUCGCCUGCAGUUCUCCAAAGGGUUGUAUAUGCAAAAUUGUCUUUCCAAUUUACUCCUUCAUUCUCGCCUCUCGUGAGUAGAAAAGAACAAAUUUCCCAGGCUCCCCCACCCCACCCCAGCCCACCCUUCUCAGCGAACUGUUUACUUUCCAGGAGGGUGCUGGGGCUGGGUGGGAAGGCAAAGAGACAAGGCAUUCAGUUGUUUCUGAACCAGAGGUGCUGGGUGGGGCAGGCGAGCACUCCUUCGUGCUGUUGCUCCCUGUUCCACCCCAGACAAGACGCCUCCAGCCAGCUGCUGGCCCAGAGUUCGGACAACGCGUUCGCCUUUUCUUUGUUUUUUCUUAAAUGCUCUAUGCCAUUAAAUGCUCUUCGUUAGGGUGGGGAACGGAGCCCUCCUGGGAUCUUGGCACUGCUUUCUGGUGCACUAGAGGAGCGGCAUUGUGGGGAAGCGGGGGUGGCGGGGGUACACGGGCUGGAGCCCCUUUAAUCCUUCUCUUUCUCGGAUUGCCUUUGGGCACUACCAGCUGCAGAAGGGGAGGGACAGAACUCGGCUGUCCCCUGAGCUGAGCCCCGGGCUGUGCAUCUGGGCUCCUCUGUACGUAGAGCCCGUGUUUCCAGGCGAGGAACAAGCAGGCCAACCGGGGAGCAGGGCACUGGCUUCAAGGGGGGACGUUGCCACAGCUUGGAGCCUUGGCACGAGCCAGCACUGCAGGAGGAGAUGGGUCCGAGACUCACCAUCCGGCUGGCUGGAAUGCGCAAGGCGCAGAGAUAACGCUGCUGUUCAGAUUGGCACUAACGGGCUCUGGGAAUUAGCCCUGGAGCUCCGUUUGGAAAUGAAGGGGGUGGAAAUUUCUGAAUUACAGAUCGGCUGAAACAGCUGAGUCCAAAACUCCAAAUCUCUCCUCUGGGAAUAAUUCUCCCGAUGGCGUCUGCUGUUCCCCAGGUGCCUUCCCCUGCUGCCGAGCCCUGCCAGCCAGAGCCAGCUGGGAGCAAAUCCCUGUCUCUCUGCAGUGAAAGACACGACGCCAGUGUCCUGCUGGGUGUGGCGUGGCAUAGCUCCGUCGCAGUCCAUGGGUGGGACUAUUCCACCCUUACGUGGGUGUCAUGCCCAUAGUGCAGGGCUGCGCCAACGUAGCGUGCCACACUGGUAAACUUUCCAUACUGGAGCUUAUGCCGCGUAGCUCCUGGCAAACGCGGGGCCUGUUUGAAAACCCCGCAACUCUCUUUGUGUGGGGGCGAGGCGGGGCUGGACUCUGCUACCAGGGCAGGGCCUGGGAUUUGUGUGGACUGAGUCUUCUUCUCGCUUGGCUCUGGAAAGUUAGGAUGGGACAGGUGGGCCGAGGGGAGGGAAGGGCGGAGCGAGAUUUCCCCCGCGCACCUGUGUACAAAGAGCUAUGCACACCUGUGGACAGGUACCAUGUAGACUAGUGGCGAGAUGGUUGCAAUUGUGUUGCACAUUUUGUAGGAAAUGCACUUUUAAGAGGGAAUGAUAAAAAAAAGAGCAGCAGCAGCAGGAGAGUGGAGCUCCCGGCACUGGCUUGUUGGGAGAUUUUUUUUUUAAAGAGAGAGGAUUUGCUUCCUGAGAGGCUGCACCACAGAUGGGACACACCCUCCCCCCCCACCACCCCGUUUGUGGGGCCGGAGUAGGCCUUGGAUCCGUGACUUGGGUAGGCAAGGUGCCCUAAAUUCAGACGGGUGGGGGCCGUGACACUGCUGGGCUCUGCCCAGCUCAGACACCUCCCCAUUUCCUUCUCCCCGGCCAGUCGCUCCCCAGCCCCCGCCAUACAACGCAGUUCCUGACUGGUUCAAGUGCCUGAAUUUUCUACUGCCGUCCCCUGGGCGUCGGCGAGCUCAGAGAGCCAGGGCCGGGGCUGAGCUUUCACCUGUCCGCAGGGCUGUGGGAGCCGGGCAGGGCUCGGGAUAUUAGCGAGACGCGCCGUGGAGGUGGGCACUGGACCCGCAUGUGUUGGCGAGAGAGAUGCUCUCGAGUUACACAGAGCUCGUCUGCCUGCCGAGAAGCAUGAAGACAAACGGCCCCGUUCACUGUGAUCCCUGGCUGGGCCCGAGAGUGGCACGCGCGCCAGAUUUACAUGGGGAAAUCACCCGGUUCGCUGAGAAGCUAAAUUAAACGACACGAGCCGGAGCAUGGGCUGGGCUCGGCGAGGGAGAGACCAGGGCCGGACUCUGCCCACCGAUCCAGGAUCCUGAGGGGGUGAGACGCCGUUGCCAGGCAGUUGUUGGAGGGCUGCCUCUUCCGAACGAAAUCUUUCACGCAUGCCGCACACGCGGCAGCAAGAGAAAUGGGGCCAUUGGCUGCGCCCUUUGGCAGUCGAAAGUGUGACCAGGGAGAGGGGGGCCUCUGCUCCCUGGAACAGCCAUGCCUGGUGGGGCACUGGUGCUAUGGGACAGAGGCCCCCGCACACCCUCGGAUCCUCUGUUCGGUCACGGCAGAGAACCGUGUGAAUUCACCGAGCCAGCACCGUCCUCCCUCCCUGGCCCAUUUCAUGCCCACCCAGGCAGCCCCUUAGGAGAGUGCUCGAAAGGUCCAACCUGCUUCCUCACCAGUUCCUGUCCGAGCAUGGAGUGAGCCGUGGGUCUGCAGUGGGGCCCGGAGAGAGGAGACCCCGCCUUGGCCCUCUGCAGGCAGCACCGCCGGUUAGUGCCUUAGAUCAGCAGCGGGAGUGCGCUGCCCCUCCCGCCUCCAGCACGGCUGGGCCCCUGGGCGCCCCUGCCCGCUGUCUGCUCCGCUUUAUGCAGGCAAUUGCCUGUGGUGGAGAAACAAGGGGCCGUCCCCCCACUUCCUUCCCAUAGAUACACCAGGGGUGGGGGAGGGAUAGCGGCAGGGCAGGUGUCUCUGGGGAGGGGGAGCCCAACGGCCACGGAGCAAAGCGGCAGGAAUCCACGCAGAGAGAGGACCACCCAACCGCCAGCACCUGUUGGCAUAGCCCAGCGCCAGGCGGUGCCCUCGGGAGCCCAGCGCUGCUGUUCCCCAGCCACGGGGCAUAUCAAACAAGGGGAGAAUCCCAAAGGGGAGUGAGGUGCCCCACUCCCAGUGACUGUCAAUGGGACCAGGCCCCACCUGCCUCUAUGCCUGAACAUCAGUGAGUCAGCCCGUCCCCCCUCACACCCACCUCCACCAGCACGGGACCCCGUCUAGAGCUGGCCCCAGACGACAGCCUCCUUGGGCACAGCAAGAGCGGCAGUUUGCCCCCUGGCCAGCCCCUGCCCUGCUCCCCGGCUCCAGGCUCUGCUGCGCCCGGCGAGGGGAGAAGGGGCGCUAUGGGGCCGGGCAUUCCCAGCCCGAGGGCCGUGUACACUUCCUAAUGGAGGAGAGAACCAGGAGGAAAGGAGGAAGAAGAUGGCAGAGGAGCGAUGACUGGAGAGGAAGGCUAAAAAUGGGCUGCUGGGCAAAAAGGAGCCAGGAAACUGGAGCGCUCUUCGCAGCAGGGAAACGCCAGGCACCUGCAAGUCAUACCUGCACUGCUUCUCCGCUGGGCCUACACUGAGUCCUCUCCAGAGCGGCAGGAAAAUCCAUCUCGGCCCUACAGUCCUGUGCACCCCAGGCCACGCUCCCCUCCUGUCCCCGCUCUCCCCAGGAGAUACCCAGGUUAAUUAUGGGGGGGCAAAGGAUUCCAGGUCUGGUUCAGCCUCCCCCACUGCCCUCAAGGCUGCUUCCUGGGUCCGUUCCAGGGGUGCACAAAUAGACCCCGCUCCGUUGCCUGCAGGGACUGACUGGGUAUUCGAGGCUGCAGCAGAUGCUGAUCAUCUGUGACAAUCAUUUCUACCCCCCCGCCCACCGCAAUGGCUUCCUGCUCAGCCCAGAGCCCCUCGAUUCCUCUCUAUCUAUCCCCAAUCCACCCCCGUUAUCUAUCUAAUCUAAUCUAUCUAUCUAUCCCUAUCCACCCACCAUCUAUCUAUCUAUCUACCCACCCCCUUUAUCUAAUCUGUCUAUCCACUCCCUUUAUCUAGUCUAUCUAUCUAUCCAUCUAUCUAUCCCCAUCCACCCCCAUCUAUCUAAUCUAUCUAUCUAUCCCCAUCCAACCCCUUUAUCAUCAUCUAUCUAUCUAUCUAUCUAUCUAUCUAUCUAUCUAUCUCUCUCUCUAGCCCCAGUUGCAUCUAGGCACUGGCUCCAGUGAGAAUCGGAGGUGCUUUCCUUUGAAUCAAACUCUUUGCCCCCCGUGGCUUUGUAUAGUUUUGGGGGGUGUUCUCCCACUAUUUCUUCCCCUUCCUUGUGCCCCCCACCCGCUUCCCCUCCGCCCCCUUCUCUGGCAUGCCCGACAGGGAGAUGCUGGUUUCUCCUCCCCGACAGGAGCUCGGGCCUUUGGAAGUGGCUUUCAAUCAGGCAGCGAGUCAGACACGAAAAGGAAGAGGGGCGCUCCUUUGCUCCCACCCCGGGUACACGUUCUGCUUCCCCAGAGCUCGGGGCGGCGCGUGGACCUGGGGCAAUUCACACAGCUCCCAGGGCCUGCGCGGCCCAACGGACCAUCCAAAGCCAAAGCGAGGCGGGGCUGGAUCAGGCCUGAUGCGAUCCCAACACCUGCAUUUUCCAGUGAGGGCUGUGGCUUCGGCACCCUGCUCUCAGCGCUGGGUUUUGGGGGCUAGACUGGCUGGUUCCAAGGAGCCGUUUUCACAAUCGGGCCCAGGGGCUGGCCAAACCUUGCAUACCAUGUCCAGCUCCAAGGUGGGACCUUAUCUGGCAGGGGGACAGAGGGACCUCAUUUCUGGUGCCCCUGUGGGAGGGGCUGACACAGGAAGUCCAAAACAAAAGCAAUUGAUGGAGAGGGGGGAAAAAUUUAAAAAUACAAAAAAAAAUAAAUAAAAUAGAAAUAAACUGCAUGGUGCUUUAACAGGAACUCAUGUGACCUAGCUCAACCAAUCAGCUACUGGCUGAUAAUGUGCAUGGCAGACUGUAUAACUGGCUCUACCUUCCCCCCCUGACGAAAAAUCAUGUAUAAAAGAAAAAAAGUUUAAAAAUCCAUGUUUCCUAAUUUGCACGAAAUUUGAUACCACAUGAUGUGCCUUGCCUUCUAAGCCUAAGUGUUAACCGUACUGGUAUCACCACACAGGAAUAGCUGCAUGCACUGGUUCUCGUAGUAAAAUUAAGGGGGGAGGGAUGGGACUUUUCGCCAUUUGUCAAACCCUUCAGGGUUCAGUUGGGGGCUGUUGUUUGUUAAUUUUCUUUUUUAAGUGUGUGUCGGUUCUGACGUCCUGGGGAAGGCUCUGCGCGGCUCAGAAAUGUUGGGAUGGCGUCACAUAGGGCUGGGGUCGAGGCUCAGCUAUGCUGGCGUAAUCCGGGGCGCGCCCCCUCUGAUCCUGCUUAUGCCUAACUUGCGGCCUUUGUAACCCCAUUGGCUUCAAUGGGGUUACUCCAGUUUCACACCAUUGUGACCCCGUUCACAUUCAGUGCAGUUACUCCAGUUUCACACCAGCAUACUGAGAUGAUGAGUCUGCCCCCAGACCGUACGUUUGUUUUAUAAUCAGGCGUUAUACCCCGACCCCUCCAUACUGGCAGACAGGACACAGAAAUAAAUAACCAGGGAACCUUCCUGGGUUUCAGAAUCAGAAACCAACGAAAUUUGCAAGGGGAGUGUGAAACAAACAAAGCCCUGGCCUGGAGUCUUUUGUCUGAUUGAGGCAGGUCCGAGAGGGGAGCUGAGGUGAAGAAUAACCUCCUGGUUUCUAGUGCUCCCAGCAGGAAGAUUGUCUUGGCAAUCAGCCCCAGGUAGAGAUUUCUUUUGCCCCCUCUCGCCCAGCCUCCCAACCUGUCCAGGCCAAAUUAGGCGGUAGCUCUCCCUACAUUAGCCAUGCACAUGGUUUCUUUUUGCUUGCAUUGGGCACUGAGUUGCCAGGCUGUCCUGUUUAUUACCAGCUUCCCCUCCUAUACGUCUUCCAGCUGUUCAUACAAAGUGCAUCUUGUAUGAAAAAAAUAUGCAAUACCUGUUUUGUCUGUGUUGAUAGCUCCGUUAGCUGAGACUCUCAGUGACUGAUCCAACCCCGGCGGGGCAGUGGGAGGGGUUUUGUGGCAUGGGGUGGGGGAGGUGGGAUUUUGUGUGUUUUUUCCUUUUCCUUUUUAAUUGACCAAAGUUAAUGAGCACGGCAGCAGAAUCUCCCUCCUUCCUCAGCCAGCGCUGGGUGGGGGGGACGGGACACGUGUACGUUCUGGUGUGGCGGGGAGGGCGGGGGGAGGAUUCAUCGUUGGUAUUAGCAUCGUGUUUCCUUUGAGAAGGGCAGGUGGUUCUGAGACGGGCCUGGAUCCUAGAGGUCAGGUGUGAAGCCAGGGCCAGGCCCACACCCUGACCUCAGAAUCAAGGGCAGCUGGGGGAUUGUUUCUAUCUUCCCGGUGAUUUUAUUUUCAAAUCACAUUGAUUUACCUCCUGGAGAGGGGAAUCCACUGGCUCCUUCUGUGCUGAGCCUCCGGCCAUGCACCCAGAGAGCUCAGCAGCCACGCUGGACUCGCGGGCUCCCAGGGGUGGUGGGUCGUUGGUGCUGGCUGGAGGGGAUGUGAUCAGGCCAGUCCCUAGGGAGGCAUGCUUCACAGUGUGACGGGAGCGGAGGGGCGUUUUCAGGGAGAUGGCGGGUCUGCAACGUGCUGGGCUGGCAGGUGCGCGGUGGGUUUCCAGUGAAGGGAAACGGGGAGCAAGGGGUGCGAGCAUCCAGAUCAGAGAGGAAAGGUGUGUGAAUGCCGGACGUGCUGUUCCAGAGGAACCCCAGGGCCGUUGCCUCUCCAGGUGCUGCUGGGACAGUGCCACCAUCAGCAGGAGAGUCUCUCUCCCCCUCGCAACGAGCCGGGGUUCUUCUGGAGCCACCCGCAGGCUAUGGAGCUGCACAUGCCUCACUCACCCCACUGAGCCCAGAUCAAAGAGACCCCCUCCCCAGCCAGGGCAGGAUUCACACUCCCUGGGUGCGGCCCCCCGUACGUCACCUGCAUUUAAAUAUAUAAACGUGAGUUCUCUGUAGGAGCCUCGCCAGGGCCUGCUUGGGGCCAGGCCACGUGGGGAUGAGCCAGCAAAGGGGCAGUUGAGAGAUCCCAGUGUCGCAUGCCCUCUCCGGGCCGGUCUCCCCCAGGCCCUGGCACUUGCCGUGAGCAGUGUGUGCACCGUAGCGCCUCAGCCUGGUUUGGGAGGCAGGAAGAAGAAAAUUAGACUAACUUUUUUUGGUACAAACCCUACAAGAAAUGGUUCCCGUGCCCCGGGCUGAUGGGGGCCGUUCAACCAUUCCACAUGUCACAAACCAGCAACCUUCCCACCCCCCCGACACACGCAGCAUGGCUGGGCCAGCCAGCCAAGCAUCAGGAGCCAGCCUCCCAGAAAUGAUGAGACUGGCUGGAAAAUCAUGAGAUUUAGAGAUAAAAUAUGGGUUCUUUGGCUUUCUUACCGGUGCUGGAGUCUCCAGAGGAUUUCAAGCGGGUCUCCCAGCCAGGACGGCUAAAACAGGCCUUUAGAUUUGAAACGCAAGUCUCCCGAGAAAGAAAAGGAGUACUUGUGGCACCUUAGAGACUAACCAAUUUAUUUGAGCAUGAGCUUUCGUGAGCUACAGCUCACUCCUCCACCUCUGUGAGCUGGGGGUGCGAAGGAAAACAAGGCUGGCCAUUAAACUGGCAAGCGUGGGCAAUGCUGGGAGAUGCCGGGAGUGCCCCCCCCAGCUGGACGUGAUGGCUCUGGGCCCAUUUCUGCUGCCCCAGGGUCUCACUGACUGCUCAGGUGGCUCCAACUGUGUUACGCCUGAUUUACACCAGUGCAAGUGAGAUUAGGGCCAGGGUCUGCCCUACACCAGGAUGGGACAAGUGGACGGAGCCGUCUGCAAGACUAGCUGCUUUAAAAACACCCUGGGCUAAGGUCUUGCACUAGGCCUACGACCCACUUAAGUGCCACAUCAGCCCUUAAGCGGGACAUAGGCGUUGGGGAACUUGAGUCAUCGUGUGCCAGCCCUCUGCUGAGGGGUGAAUUUCAUCCCAGUAGAAGGAUCUACCACUGCGGCAGGCAGUUACCACCAUCCACCCGUCAUUCCAGACUUGCCACUGUGGUAUGGUCGCCCCCUCCGAGCCAGAGAUGCCUUGGAAAGACGGAGGCUUUGCUGCCCCUCGCUCACGCCAAGCGCUGGCAGGCCCCCUGCUGCUGACGGUUCCACACACACGCACACGACGUGAACAAUUAGCCAGAGCCAACGGACCUGGAAGCAAAAGUGGCUUUGUUUGAGGAGGAAGGUUGUUUGUGUCAAGAGUGCUAGAUGAUGGCUUUGCGGUGGGGGGUGGCUGGGCGAGCGACCGGGACAGAGGAAGGCUAGAAUUGUAGAAAGCUCGUCGUGGGUUUGGUUUCCUCUCUUGUGUAUUUUUUUUUACUGUUGCAUUCUUCGUGCCAUGGGCCGGAGAGGGAGGGAUUUGAAGCAAGGGAUGCAUUUGUGGAAAGUCCUUGGGGGAUCUUUUUAUGCAAUGUGCAGUAUUGUUUUCUGCAAGGACAAUGCAACGCGGGUAGCUGUAGUUUAUUUUAAAAGACAAAAAAAAAAUCCCCCCAAAAAAGACAAAAAAGAAAAGAAAAGCAGGUAAAAAACCCCACAAAAAAAAAUCACCCGCAACCUAACCGACAAGUGAACGAGUUUGCAGGCCACACACCCGCUGUGACCGACUCUGCGGGAACCGGGCUGGGCGGUAACCCCACAACAAUCCAACCCCUUCAGUGCAAGAGCUCCUGACACAGCAACUGCCUUUGUGUUCAUACCACGGAAGAAGGGGUGGAGGCAGGGGGUGCUGGAUGCUUUCUCGGUGGAUGGGGCCUGAGUCAACCUCCAACCAUGCCCAAUUGCUCAUGUGGGCACAACGCCCAUUGAGCUGAGCUGGGCUUUGGCCUGUGCAUGGCUCAUACAGCUGAGCCCUAAACAGAGUCUGGCAGAGAAAUCCAGGUGCGGACAGCAGCCUCUCUCUGUGGCAGGAGUGCAAAGCACUGCUCACGUUUUCUGUCCCACCCAAAAAACUUCCGCUCUCGGCCAGGUAAAGAUUGGCUUCAAUUUUUCCAUUCCGAGCCUUCAGAUUCCAGCAUCUCUGCAGAUGGAAGCUGUUGGGCCGGUGAGAUCUUUGGGCCAGGCCAGGGCCACCAACCCAAACCCCAGAACUGUCUAGCUGUAGCAUUUCAUUUUUUCUGGCUUGUUUCAAAGACAGCCACAAAAAAUCCCCCACGAAGAAAUUGCACCUUACCAAACGUUCCGACCAAUCCAGGGGGGCGCUGAGCAGCACGGGGGCGCAAGCGUUGGCUAGUUGACUGGGCUCUUUCGCGUCCACCAAUGAAAGGGAAGCUCACACCGCCCCCUCCUCCUCCCCUGGGAAAAUUUGCACUGUUUCACUCACCACACUUUUCUUUGCCGUUUCUUAGUUACCCCAGCCCCAGGGGCCAGGAGAGGGGCCCAGCAAGGGGGCGACCGAGGCAGGUGGGACCGGGAUGGACUGCAGCCUGCAAGGUCUGUGUGAUCAGACAGCCCAGAGACCAGGCACAAGAGUUCAGACCCAGAUCCCCAUUCUUCUGAAGUCCAGGCCUUGUCAGAGCCAGUUUUGGUUCAGGUUCUGGGGGCUGUUUGUGUCGGAGGCUGCAGCUCAUUGCUAGAGACCAGCAGGGCAAUCCUGCACUCGCUAAUGCCACUGACCCCAGCGGGGUUAGUCCUCAUUUACGCGAGGGCAGAAUUCGGUCCCCUGGCCUCCACCCCCUUGUCUGAGACGUGCUCCCAGGCCCUGCCUGACGGAAAUAUGCAAAUUCCAUCACAGUCUCCACCUCCGUUGUCUUUUGUACCCUUUGAGGGUUAGUUUGGUUUGGUUUGGGGUUUGUUAUUUUUUUUUCUCUGUGACUUUUUAACUCCAAACAAGGCAGCAGCCUGAGCUGGGGAGCAGAGAUCACUGCGCGCGGUAGACACUUAGCACGGGAUGUUGGGUUUGGUUGUUUCAUUUUUUUUUUCUUUCUCUGCUGUAUCGAUACAAUCACAUAGUUCAGUCAUUGAAAUAGACACAUAGCCGUUCACAACGGUCUCUGGAAAUAUCUUGGCAAGGCAAGGAUCUGGGGCGGGGCGGGGGGGUGGGCUGAUGCUGCCAGGCACUGGCAGGACAGGCCCAUGGGGGAGAAAGGGCACGGGUGGUGGCUGGAGAGAAAUACACCCCAUCAGCGUCAAGCUAAGGGUCUUGUUUCUCCACACAAACUCCUGGAACUUUUAGCUCUUCUAGAGUCUCUAGACAAUCAGCUUGGGGAGCAGCCUGUGUAGCCUUCGCUGGCAUGGAGGGCGGACAGGGACUGUGAUGGACCCAGUCCAGACUUCUUCCCGGGGUUCUGAACAGUCCCAAUCCCCAACUUCCACUGAGAGACAAUCCCAAGACACACCCUAGGCUGGGGAGGUCUCCUUCCCUCCAGCCUCUGAGCCAUGCACUCAACCCUCCCCAAGCAGAGACAGCCCCCAUCCGCUGGACCCCUCCAUGCACAGCCAGGCAAGGCACAGCGCUUGCUGAGUUCAUUCAUGCACUACAGUUUCUCUGGAGGGUUCUUGAUUUUUUCGUUGUUGUUGUUGUCAACGUCUAAAAAUCUAACACAAAAAGUUCUCGUGACCUACAAAUAGAAAACCAUGUACAUAUCUCUCUCUAUAUAUAUGGUGCUACAGGGACUGGAUCUCAGAGCCUUGGGGACCUGGGCACAAGGUCAAAUGUAUCUACAGCUACCCCACCUGCUCCUCUCUGGAGAGGAUGAUAAUCCAGCUGUUCCGGUUUUAAUGUCGUUUGUUUCGUGUCGGGAAGGAGGCUGGGGGCUGAGCAUAGGACCUGUGCAUGCAAAAUCUAAGAGCAGACAAUCCUUCGUCACAGCCCCGGGGUCCCCUGGGCAGUCAAGGUACCUUACAUCACAAACGAGGGUAUCUUUUGUUUCGUUGUAAUAUGAGUUGGAAAUUGCCACUUUUUGUCUCUUCCGCUUGCACAUGGAUCUUGGGGCUUGGUCUGUUUUAAAGGAGCAAAGACGCUGCUUGGCUGCCACUUCCUUCCAUAUUUAGCUGAAGUAUUGGGGGCUGGGGGGGGGGCAGAUCCUCAGCAGACAAAAGGCCCCAAUCCUGCUGCAGAGGAGCCUUACGCCCCUGUCCAGCCAACUAGUGCAGCCCAAGCUAGAGUCCGGCCGUGUUCCGCACAGCACGACAACGAGAGGGAAGCGCUGUGCUGAAUUGGGGCCGGGAGGGGUCUCACUGAAGUGACUGGGCUCCCCCGCAUGCAUUGAGCUAAGCACAUGCCUAAGUCUGUGCAAGCACAGGCGUGAAAUCCCUCUGGCUCCACCGAGGCCGCCCGGGAGCUGUGCCGAGGACCCCAGCGAGGGACGUAGCGCCUAGUCUCUCCCCUCGCCCUUCUGCCCUGAGGUGGCUCCCAGGGUAGGAGGAGAACUUACUAAAGUCCCCGUCACUGGGCAAAUCCAGACCUUUCUAGAUUAACAAAACUGGAAUUCCUGUCGGGAACACCCAAGUUAUCACCAGAUCCUCCCCCUCCUCCUUCCCCCACGUGUCAACCCCCGACUCCAUCAGAACUGGGGUUCCUUCAGGUUGGCCCAAUUCACUUUGGCGGCCCUACAGGCUCCAGAGCCCCUCCUGUUCUGGUUACUAACGACGACGACAACCAUAGUUUUACACACAACAACCAAAAAAAAAAAAAAAGCGGCAGCCAGCAGGAAUCUGAAAUACACCAAUACCAAAAAUUCUGACGAAGCAGUGCCUCUUGCUUGCUGCUGGCUUGGCUUCCUUUUUUUUUUUUUUUUUUUUUUGCCCCACCCUGCCCAGGAUUUUGGAGGGCGGGCAGCCGGAGGGAGGGGGGGUUGCUUAUACAACCAUCUUGUAUGUUUCCUACGCAGCACUGCCUCUGUCCCAGGGAAAGUCCAGCUUCGUCCUUUGCCCUGCUGUCUGGAUGGGGCAAGAGGGUGGGCGGGGUCAGUAUUUAGUCACGCCCACCCAGCAAGAUCAUUAGCAGAGGGGGCAGAGUUUUUUGUUUCAUUAAAGCCUCAAGAACUUUGUCUGGAAAAAAAUCGAGGGCUUCCUUUGUGGGAAAAUUGUAGCAGGGCAGGGGCCAGGGUCGGGCGCACACCGGUGGGACUGACAUUCUGGGGUCAGUCCAUGGUUUCUUUCCCCCGGCAUCUGAGCCAGAGCCUCCCGAAGUCAGUGGGAAGCUAGCCAUGGCCACAGCUAGGCCUUGGCUCAGGUUCCCAAGGCACGGCUCGGCCGGCCUUUGAGUCCUGCCACGGGUUGCCAGGCUCAGAACGCCGCCAUCCCCAGCCAAUCCCGCCCCUGCCUCGGGCUGGCCCCAGAGCUGGCUAGCAUCCCCCUCCCCUGAUGGCAGGGUGAGCUCGGGGGGCAGGCGGCGCGUCCUUCCCCGUGGGGCUUUCUCCAGGCUGAGGCUGGUGAGGCUAGUGCCGGGCAGGAGAUAUUUCCCGGAGAUACGCUGGGACCGAGUGGAACGUUGGUUUUUCCCUUUGGUUUGGAUUUCAUUCGGAAGCUCUUUUGUUCCUUCCUUUCCGUUGCUCUGGGGCGGACAUUGCAGCCACAGUUAUUCUGUUUCUUGCUUCUUGCUUGCGGCGCCACGUUACACACACGUACCACGGCACCAGGGAAGGCCGAGCUGCGGGGCGCAUAUCGCAUGGGCGGCUUCUUAGACAGUGCCUGGUGGGCAAAGCUCUCUGAUCAAACCCCCUCCGUUGGCCCCCCGGCUCCCCCACCUGCAUGUAGAGCCCCCUCCCCAUUUCCUGCCCCACCCCCAUGGCUGGAUAGCUCCUUUGGUUGCUUCCCUGGUGCCUCACAAUAUUUGAUGAUAACAUUGUACGCAGCCAUUAUUGUUUAGCAGAUGCUCCUGCCUACAUACACCUUACUGAAAGCGACUAUGGGUUUUUUCCCCCCUAUGCAAAAAAAAAAAAACAAAACAAAACAAAAAAAAAGUUUAAAAAAACAGAAAGAAAGGAAAAAAAUAAGAAAAAAUGUAUAAAAAUUAAACAAGCUAUGCUUCAACUCUA